AUGAAUAUGGCGGUUGAACUCCUUCCUUUCCUGUCCGCCGUCUUCGGCUGGAUCUACUUCCUCUGCUGGUCCGGCUCCUUCUACCCGCAGCCUCUACUCAACUUCCGCAGGAAAACCACGGCCGGCACGACCGUCGACUUUCCGUUGAUCAAUUGCCUGGGUUUCCUCGCCUACUUCGUCUCCAAUGCCGCCUUCUACUACUCUCCUCUCGUCCGUUCGCAGUAUGCCGCACGUAACCACGGCCUGACCCCGACCGUCGCCUUCAACGACAUCACCUUCGCCGCCCAUGCCCUCCUCCUUUCGUGCAUAACCACCUCCCAAUACAUCCCCAAGCUCUGGGGCUUCGCGCCGGCACACGGGACGAAGCCGAGCCGCUUUAUCUCGGGAAUCGCCGCCGGCUGCGUCGUUGGCGUCAUCGUCAUUGGGUUCGUCGUCGCUGCUGCCCCGGGCGACGGCGACCCGCGCACGAGCUGGUGCGCCCUCGACGUCGUCUACGCCGUCUCCUACGUCAAGCUCGUCAUCACCCUCAUCAAGUAUACCCCGCAGGUCAUCACCAACUACCGCAACAAAUCGACCAAGGGCUGGUCCAUCUGGCAGAUCCUCCUCGACUUCUCCGGCGGUCUGUUGUCUGUGGGCCAGCAGGCCAUCGACUCGUACAUGCAACGCGACUGGUCUGGAAUCACGGGCAACCCGGUCAAGUUUGCGCUGGGCAACGUCUCCAUGGUAUACGAUGUCGUGUUCAUGACACAGCACUACAUUCUGUACCGCGGUUCUGACGGCAAGGCCGACGAAAGGGACUCGCUUCUCCGAGGGGACGACGAAGAGCAUCAGAGACUAGACUAG